CGGAGCUUUGAAUAGGGAAGUUUUGCAGGGGUUACGUUUGCAGUCAGUCCGGUGUUUGCAAAUAUUGUGUGGGUUCCGCGCGCUGCGGGCUGCGGGUGGGUCGGAAGGGGCGUCUGGGUGCCGUGCCAUUGAGUUUGCAUGAAACUUUCACCUGCGCUCGUGGGGAGAGUUUCGGCUCCGACUCCAGACCGCACGCCUCCCUGUUUUCCCGACAGCGGGGACUGUCUUUUCCAACCCGACAUGGAUGUGCUCCCAAUGUGCAGCAUCUUCCAGGAACUCCAGAUUGUGCACGAAACGGGCUACUUCUCGGCUCUGCCGUCCCUGGAGGAAUAUUGGCAACAGACCUGCCUGGAGUUGGAACGUUACCUCCAAAGUGAACCCUGCUAUGUUUCAGCCUCAGAAAUCAAAUUUGACAGCCAGGAAGAUCUGUGGACCAAAAUCAUUCUGGCUCGGGAGAAAAAAGAGGAAUCUGAACUGAAGAUUUCUUCCAGUCCCCCUGAGGAUCCUCUGAUCAGUCCGAGCCUUAGUUAUAACUUAGAGACCAACAGCCUCAACUCCGAUGUCAGCAGUGAAUCAUCUGACAGCUCGGAGGAACUUUCACCCACUGCCAAGUUUACCUCUGACCCCAUCGGCGAAGUUUUAGUCAAUUCGGGAAAUUUGAGCUCCUCUGUCACCUCCACACCUCCUUCUUCUCCAGAACUGAGCAGGGAACCUUCCCAACUGUGGGGUUGUGUGUCUGGUGAGCUGCCGUCUCCAGGGAAGGUGCGCAGUGGGACUUCGGGGAAGCCUGGAGACAAGGGUAGUGGCGACGCCUCCCCGGAUGGCAGGAGGAGGGUACAUCGGUGUCACUUCAAUGGCUGCAGGAAAGUUUACACCAAAAGCUCCCACUUGAAAGCACAUCAACGUACUCAUACAGGAGAAAAGCCUUACAGAUGCUCAUGGGAAGGAUGUGAGUGGCGUUUUGCAAGAAGUGAUGAGUUAACCAGACACUUCCGAAAGCACACGGGUGCCAAACCUUUCAAAUGCUCACACUGUGACAGGUGUUUCUCCAGGUCUGAUCACCUGGCCCUGCACAUGAAGAGACACCUCUGAGGGAGCAAAGAGGUGAAUCCUGUAGGCUAAAAGGCUUCCAGGCUGAGAGAUGGCCGUGGAAGGAAGGAUGCGUGUUCCAGCCAAAGCAUGCCAUUUUGCACCCUACCCAGUUGCCUCCGGGGCCUCUCCUUGGGAGGUCUUUUGAGGGCUAAACAAGUCAUGUAAGAAGCGGCUUAGCACCGUGGUGCGUGGUGUUUGGGUGACCCCGGACUGGCCACUGGUUCCUAACCUUCUGAGUGGCUCCUAAGCCUUUGCCGUGAGCAUGCGCACUGAGAAUGUUAAUGGUUGGGCUGACUGUAUGUUGAGGAUCUAUUACUGACUGAAUGAUGAGGCAGACUUUUUUUUUCCUUGUGGUCGCAAAACUGCAAGAGACAGAAAAAAAGUAGUUUGAAUGUUUUGUGUGUAAGGAGUAUACCAUGGGAUGAGAUGACCACCAAUCAUUUCCUGGGGGGGUGUCUGCACCUUAGAAAAAAACAAACAAACAAAAAAAACCAACAAAAAAAACCAACAAAAAAAAAGAAAAAAAAAAAAAAAAGAAGGACAAACAUAGAGGGUGGGAGUGGGAACUCAGGACCCAGAGUGGCGAAUGAUAUGGGAAGGGGGAAUUCUCCCCCUUUCCUGUGUGAAAGGGACUAUUGAUGUCUGGUGCAGCUAUUAAACGUGCAAUGUGUCAAGUAGCUUGUUUUACUUGCUACAACAGAGCUCAUUUGUAACCCAUUGUAUAAGCUGUGUAUUUACAAUAUAACACAAUGAUAACUUUUCCUUAUAAUACAAAAAGUCAUGCAUGGUCUGGGGAACUAUAUGCUUUUCCAUUUUUAAAUCAGGACUGCAAUAUUGAUUCCAGUUAAUGAGCAGCUAAGAUACAAUUUGUCUAAUACAGUGAUCUCUAGCCACCUGGGCCUGGCAAUACACAAUUGUUUCCCCCUUCAGUUUUGUAACACUCCCCUUCCAGGAAGGCUUGUGCAGCAUAGGGUUAUUUUUUAAAUGAUUCUGCAUUUGAAUUAACUUUUUGGAGAAUUUUGUGAUGCCCUUUGAAGAAACCGGACACGUGUUGAGUGUCAAAAAGCUAGGGCUGGGAAUUGUUGGUCUAAUAUCAUAUUAGACUUAAGAACCUAAAAAAUUUCUCAGUUGGGUGGAUAAAACCACUAAAGCUUAGAAACUGUUUUCUCAUGCAGCUAUGUUUCUCUUAUUUAUGCCUUGAGGACUAAUUUCUGAUUUUCUAGCUGUUGAUGCACUGUUGACCUUCAUAAUGGUGCCUUAUGCAAGCGAUCCCUUAUGUGGGGGUCUCAUACAGGGGUAUGGGUGAUGCAUGCUUUAUUAAGGCUCUUUUUUCACCUGGCAUUGUACUGUAUCAAUGUAUAAUACAGAAAAAAAAAAUCUCUCUAAGGUCCUCCUUCACAAAGACAAAUAGAUGAAAACUCCCUUAACGUGUCAGUAUUUGUUCAAUAUUUCAGACAGCUUGCCUGUCCGUGUUAAAAUGGAAAAAAAAUAUAAUAAUUGAAAAAUAUGACUGAUUCUGCCACCAUGAAACUUUCAUAUAGACCUUGCACAACAAUUGUAUAGAUCACACACCGGCUGUAUUUAAUAUGUAACAUUUUUACACAUAUUAAAGAUACAGAAGUAUAAAAAAUGUAUUUGCUUAAAAGGCACAAGUUUCACAUAUCUAUCUAGCUAUCUGUUGGUAAUACAGAAAGUAUACUACUUUUUUUUUUAAAAAGUGGGCGGAAUUCUUGUGUAUGUAUAUUUUUGUGAAUAGUAUGUGUAUGUGUGUAUAUAUAUAUAUAUUAUAUAUAUAUAUAUAGAUAAUAUAUAAAUAUUUUUUUUAAGGAGAAACUAGAAUGUUUAGCUAGCAAAUUCCACAGCCUGUGAAGAAAUACUUCAAAAUGGCCAUAAAGGAGGUAAAAAUGAAAACUGUAACCUAACUUUUAUAGAGGCUUUAUCUUUAAUUUAAUGAUUUGCUAAAGACUUUCUUGGCAUUGAAUCUAUUCCAAACUGCUGACUUUGCUUGUCACUGUUGGCAAGUCUGGAAUAGGGUACCUUUGGCCAUUCAGAAGGAGCUUGAACAGAAUACUAGCGCACUAGUUGGACUCAGACACACUAAGGUUUUGAUUUGGAAUUCAGCCUUAUUAGAAGAUCUAACCUAAGAGUAAGCUAAUCACAGGGAUUCUUUUGUAAAACACUUUUUAUGCAGAUGAAGCUAUUUUUUCCAGCUUAUAGAUUCUCCCAGUUUUUCCAAGGAGCAAUUUCCCCGAAUUGACAUACCACAGCAUGGACAGCUGAAAGAUACUUCAUCCAGCUGCUGGCUUGUGGGUGUGGAUCUUUUCUUUAAAUACAUAUAUCCCUGUGAGUCUGGCUGAGCUGGUAUUUUGUUUGAUCUUCCUGGAAAUGAGCAAUGAUUAAAGCUCACAUAACCGGUUUUUUUUUUUUUUUUUAAUCUAAAUCUGGACUGAUGAAUAUACUUACCUAAAGACCUGAUUUUGUUUUGCUUAGGGGAAACAUGCACUUUUCUUUUGGCAAUUCAAAAUCCAGUCACUUGAUUUCCUGGGUUUUGAAAAACUCCUUUUUUGGCCCUGCUGUGUGCUUAGCCAUAAUAAUUCCAUUAAGCAAGAAGGUAAACAGGAGACAAGGAAAAAAAAAAUAACACACAAAAAC